UGAUUACAGGUGUAAGAAAAAGUUUCCCCCUUUUUUACAUUUACGCCACUACACAAGUAAAAAGAAAUUGUAGUUCGAUUUAGGGCGUGUGAUUGAUUCUUCGACCAUUUUUUUUUUAACUGUGUGGUCACACAGAAUUAGACUGUAAAUUGUUAGGUAUUUUUUUUUUUUCUUUUCUUGUGGGCCUUUUGCUGUCAAAACUGGUGGUUAGCAAAAUAAGGGUUUUUGUUUUUCUUUUUGCUAUUGGGGAUUUUUUUUCUUGGGAUGAUUGAUUGAUGAGAGAGAAAGAAGAGAGAGAGAGAUGGCGACUUUGAUUAGUGUUAUUAUCCAUUAUAGACUUCUGGGCUUUUCUCUCUUUGCUUGAAACCAUGGUGGUCUUUUUCACACUUCAAAUUCUCUCACUUGCUUGAAUUAAUUACUGUCUGUACCAAUUGAAUUUCUCUCUUUCGUUUCGUUGUUGUUCAUCCAAUAGGGUUCAGCAUUUCACAAGAAUUCGACUUUUUUCUCUUCUUGAAUUAUAACUUUAGUAUUCAUUUCCCCUUUGCUUUCUUGAUUUUCGCCUUUUCGAUUUCGUGGAAUAAAAAAUCCCAGAUCCCAUAAUUCUGGAUUCUAAACAAUGCCUCUGUGAAUUACUUGAGUUGGGUUUUUUUCCGAUUUUGAGUAUAAGACCGAAAAUCAGAUGCCGGUGGAAGAUGAAUCGAGUAGCUCCGAGUGGAGUAGGGAGCAAGACAAGCAAUUCGAGAAAGCGAUAGUAACGUACCCCGAGGAUACUUCCGAUAGAUGGGAGAAAAUCGCGGCGCAGGUCGCUGGAAAAUCUGCCGAGGAUGUUAAGCACCACUACGAACUCUUGGUCGAUGAUGUGAACCGAAUAGAAUCCGGUUUUAUAGAGGUGCCGUGUUACAAUUCGUCUUCGGAUGGUUCGAAUAGUCACGCCGGCGACGAAGUAACCGGUAAAAAAGGCAGCAAUUUCGGACACUCGAACGGCGAAUCGAAUCAUGGAGGCAAAUCUUCCAGGUCGGAUCAGGAGCGGCGAAAGGGGAUUGCUUGGACAGAGGAUGAACACAGGUUGUUUCUUCUGGGUUUGGACAAAUACGGAAAAGGCGAUUGGAGAAGCAUUUCCCGUAAUUUUGUGGUGACGAGGACUCCGACGCAAGUGGCGAGCCACGCGCAAAAGUACUUCAUCCGUUUGAACUCAAUGAACAAAGACAGAAGAAGAUCGAGCAUCCACGACAUUACUAGUGUCACGGGCGGUGAGAUUUCGGUUCCUCAAGGACCAAUCACAGGCCAGACAACGACAACACCGCCACCACAAAACGGUUCUUCGUCUUCUGCCGCCGCAAUUGGAGGUUCGUCUAUCAAAUCCAACAAACAGCCAGUUGCAGUUGCAGUGGGCCCACACACACACCAAGGAGUCAGCAUCUACGGCCCGCCGAGUAUCGGUCAACCGAUAGGUGGGCCCCUCGUUUCGGCUGUGGGUACGCCGGUUUACGGUGCGCCUGUCCACGGAGGAGUGGUCCCCGGUGCACCGAUGAAUAUGGCGCCUAUGGCGUACCCUAUGCCGCAUACUUCCGCGCAUAGGUGAUUUUGGUGUCGUUUAAAUUUCAGUUCACAUUUAUUUCCUAUCGAAUUUUCGAAAUAAGGUGUAGUUUUAAAAGAAAGAACUGCGUAUGUAUAGGUAAUUUGUGGCGAUGUAGCGGUUAUUUUUAGGAUCUUGAGAUUAUAUUCUGGUUUUUGUUGGGGUUUAUAGGCAUUUUUUUUAAAUUAUGGUGCAAAUUGUAAAGUACCUUUGAUGCUCUAAAUUAAGCCUCAGUUUUUUAGCUAAUAAAUGUUGUGAUGAAAGAGUUGACUUUACGUUGAA